CAUAUCUGAAUAAGUUGACAUUGCAAAAUACGUCACUUAAACAGGUUCAACAUAGAAGCAGUGGCAUGAAGGAUUCAGUUAUGUCAUCUCAAGAUGAACCUCCAACUAAUGAAAAUGAAAAAUGCAGCAGUGAUGACUUUACCCCACUUGCUAUUCAGGAGCUCAUCAGGAGGCAGCAUGCAGUGUCAUGCAUAUCGACAGCCGAGGCAGUCUUGGAUAAGGUUUCUAAUGCUGCAAACUGUAUCAUUUGUAAAUCUGACUAUAUCCUAUUAGGAGAACAGCUGAAGCAUGACAGCCAGCUGGCUUUCAUGGGGAGUGAAGAGACGUCAGUUGAUAUUUUCACAUGGAACCAAUGGAAAUCUAGGGCGUUAUCAUAUUUUAUUGAUAAGAAAACUAUUAGAUCGGUCUCUGGUGCUAGCUUGAUAUUUUCUGGCUCUAAGAAUCAGUGGGUACAAGUGUUUGAGCAGCUGAAUAUUUCUGAUGGAAACAGAACUGACAAUUUACUGGAGAUGGUUAUUCUUUCCCACCCUUUCUUUCUCUUUAAGCAGGAGCUUCUCUUACUUGGAUGCAUCACUAGCAGAUGGAAUUCCCUGGUUGAAUACUUGAUGUCAGUUUCUUAUGAUUCCCUUCCUGUCUCAAAUCAAUAUCACUUACUUUGCAACUUUGUCUUUGGAAGAUCCUUAAAUUUUCCUCAUAAAGAGGACAGUAUGAAUUCAAAGGAAUGCGGCAUCCUUGACCAUCUGACAGGACUCAUUGGAGGACAACUUCAUCUACUGUGGAAAAUAUCUCCCAUCCUUGUGGCAGUUUCUAUUCCUUCAUGGUCACCAUUGUUCAGAUUUUAUUUGAGUGAAAUUGAGAGUCAAGUCAAAGGAGAUCCUUCCAUUAAAAGAUGCUGCAGUUGCAGUCAAGAUAAGGGGCAUAAAGAUUGUGAACUAGCUGAGAAAAUUUGGUGCCUCUACAUCUUUCACGUUUGUGGUUCUCAAAUUAUUCACAAUGGAUCUGGUGCUUGACAGCUCAGCAUACCAUGCUGGUCUGUAGUAAGACUUACUUUUUCUACAUCUAUUGCUCAAUUGGCCUUCCAUAUUUUAUUUGUAUUGGUACCUUCAGUUUUUAUUUCUUGAUAUUAUCUUUUUUUUUAAUAAUAUUUAUUGAUAUUA